AUGAUUAAUAAGCAAAAAUUAUUCUUAUACACAAUAACAAUAUUUUUAUUAACAAUAUAUUGUAACGCUUUAAAUUCCAAUGAUAUACGACACUACUUAGGGACUCGUACGCCAUACAGAAUAAAGUACAAUAAGAAUGAUUCCAAGAUAAAAAUUCCUCAUUGUAAGGGUGAAAAGAUUUGGAUGUUAAUAAGACAUGGUUCCCGUUUACCCAGUGCUAAAGAUAUUGUGGGAGCACAAACAGUCCUUCAAAACUUGAAGUAUGAAAUUCUUUUGCAGCAUAAAAUGGGAAAAGGACUGUUAAAUAAGGAACAAUUAAAAAACUUGGAACAUUGGGUUAAUGAUAUGCCUGUGGAGGAGGAGAAAUACUUGACCUUAGAAGGGCAAGAUGAAAUGGUUUUACUGGCUGAGAGGACACACAAAAGAUUCUCCAGUAUUAUAAAACAGAAAUAUGACAAUAAUUCUUUUCAGUUCCGAUACACAGCAACUCAGAGAACACAACAAAGCGCGAGAUAUUUCUCAAUUGGAUUGUUUGACAAGAAAAGUGCUCACGAUGUUGUCUUUGAACCAGCUCUGAAAGUGGAUAAUACUUUACGAUUUUACAAACACUGUGAAAGGUGGAGAAAAGAAGUUAAGAAGAACCCUAAAACAUUAGCAGAGCAAAGGAGAUAUGGGGUCAGUGGAGAGAUGAAUGAAACAUUGGGAUAUGUGUCUAAAUAUUUGGGUCUCGAUAGAGUAUUGGACCUGGAAAUUGUUUCGUUGAUGUACAAAAUAUGUGGAUAUGAAACUUCUUGGCACAAACAUUUUGUAUCUCCGUGGUGUUUCGCCUUCGAUAGCAAGGGUGUACAGAGGCUAGAAUAUUAUUAUGACUUGAAACACUACUGGAAUGAUGGAUACGGUCACGAGUUGACAGCGCGUCCAGCUUGCAUGAUGAUGAAGCAUUUGUUUUCUACCAUGAGGAAUGAAAGUCGAAAUGCGACCUUUCUAUUUGCGCACUCUGGGACGCUUUUGAAGCUUUUAGCCCAUUUACAGCUGUAUAAGCCGAAGUCUCACCUGCGUGGUGACGCAAUAGAUGAACAAAGGACCUGGAAGACCUCAAAUAUUGAUUGCUUUGCUUCUAACUUAGCCUUCGUUUUAUACAGGUGUAAAGAUGGCGUCAAACUACUGACAAUGCAUCAAGAGAGAAUCAUAAAACUGCCCAUGUGCGAAACGGAGCUUUGCCCACUGAAACACUUAGAAGAAUAUUUUUAUAAUUCUAUACACAAAUGUAAUUAUGCCGAUAUGUGUAACGUAUCAUAA